UCGUGCCAAACCCGUCUUUGAUACGCGACGAAGUUGGAGAGAUCUUAUUCUUUUACAACCACUUACAACAAUACCAUCUUCAACUUUUAGUAUCGCAAAUACUUGAUCGCGAAUUUAUAUCGCAAAGGGUAAAUCAACUCACGCGAUUCAGAUAGUGCCCCAAAACCCUUUCUAGAUGACUUUCUAGUACGAUGACGCAGCGAUGUUUACCUUCAGCUCACUACAAGGAGCGCUCUCUGAAUCGGCUUCGUCGCAAUCUAUCCUCGAGCUAGAUGGAGGAAUCAAGGUCUUGGUCGACGUUGGCUGGGACGAGUCUUUCGAUGUCGCAAAGCUCAAGGAGCUGGAGAAACAAGUGCCAACACUCUCUCUCAUCCUCCUCACACAUGCUACUACGAACCAUAUAGCCGCCUAUGCUCAUUGCUGUAAACACUUUCCUCUUUUCACUCGUAUCCCGGUCUAUGCGACCUCUCCCGUCAUCGCACUCGGCCGGACUCUACUUCAGGAUCUAUACGCCUCUACUCCGCUCGCCGCCACAACAAUUCCGUCCAGUUCUCUCGACGAGGUCACAUAUACAUCGCAACAGUCCUCAUCCUCCGAUAUCCUGUUACAGGCCCCUACCCCCGAAGAAAUCGCGACAUAUUUCUCCAUAAUCCAUCCUCUAAAAUACUCUCAACCACAUCAGCCGCUCGGCUCCCCAUUCUCCCCUCCCUUAAACGGCCUUACCAUAACAGCAUACAACUCAGGCCGUACUUUAGGUGGUACCAUAUGGCAUAUACAACAUGGAUUAGAGUCUAUAGUAUAUGCUGUCGACUGGAAUCAAGGACGUGAAAAUGUGUACGCAGGAGCGGCUUGGCUGGGUGGUGCCGGGGGAGGGGGUGCCGAGAUUAUUGAGCAGUUGCGAAAGCCAACAGCCCUAGUCUGUAGCAGUAGGGGCGGCGAAAAGACCGCCAUCUCCGGCAGCCGGAGCAAGCGAGACGAACAGCUACUAAGUAAGGUGAAGUCUUGCAUUACACGGGGAGGCACCGUCUUGAUUCCUAUUGACUCUAGCGCUCGAGUAUUGGAAUUGGCAUACUUGAUGGAUCAUGCAUGGCGAGCCGACGCGGCAUCCGGCGAUGGCCAGCUUAAGUCUGCCAAACUCUACCUCGCGGGUCGCAAUAUUCAUAGUACUAUGAGAUAUGCACGUAGCAUGCUCGAAUGGAUGGACGAUAGUAUAGUCCGGGAAUUCGAGGCCGUCGUCGAUGGGACCAAGCGAGUAAACGGCACGACAGAUGGUUCUAAAUCAAACAAGGAGGCUGGACCAUUCGACUUCAAAUUCUUGAAGUUGCUCGAUAGAAAGGGACAAAUCAAUAAGGUACUUGGUGGGGAGACAGGAGAGGGCAUCCCUACUGGCAAGGUUAUCCUCGCAAGCGACUCUACACUUGAGUGGGGAUUCUCCAAAGACGUGUUGAAGCAGAUCGCACAGGACCCGAAGAAUAUGGUCAUCCUAACCGAGUAUCCCUCUUUGGUUUCGGAAGCGCAUCCUUCGCUGGCUAGAAGCUUGUGGGCAUGGUGGAAGGAAGGUCAGGAAAGUUCAAUGGAGAGCUCCAAUGGCGAAACCAGACACGAACUCGAACUUGCAGAAGCGAAGAGGCAGGCUCUGCAAGGUAAUGACUUAGCUAUCUAUCAACAGUGGCUAGCACAGCAGCGUCAACUUCAGACCACUCUCCAAAGUGGAGGAGUUAGCACCCUUGAAGCCACCGAGGAUGUUGGAGAUGAAGCUUCUGAGUCCGAAUCAGAGUCAGAAGAUUCCGACAAUGAACAACAGGGCAGGGCUUUGAACGUUGCGACCACGCUAGGUCAGGCGAGUAGGAAAAAGGCUGCAUUGACGGAUGAAGAUCUUGGCAUUAAUAUACUGCUGAAGAAAAAAGGUGUCUACGAUUUUGAUGUUAGGAAUAAAAAGGGCCGGGAUAGAAUGUUUCCGCAUCCAGUUCGUCGAAAGCGCGCCGACGACUACGGUGAACUUAUUAGACCCGAGGACUUCCUUCGAGCGGAAGAAAGGGACGACAACGACGGACAGGAUUUGGCGCAAGCAGGGAAAGAUGAGGAUCAAGAAAAACUCGGGAAGAAGCGAAAAUGGGAUAACGCUUCAGCUAACGCCAAGAACCAGGGUUCUGGGCCGUCGAAGCGACCGCACCUCUCGCGUAGCGUUACUGAUGACUUUGAAAUGGCAGCAUCUGAUGGCCCUAUUGAAGAUGAGCUCGACGGUAUUCCUGAUGACCCAGACGAGACGAACCUUGGCCCCUCCAAGCUAGUCUUUACAAAGACAACCAUAGCGGUCAACCUCGAAGUUGAAUUCGUCGACAUGAGCGGUAUCCACGAUAAGCGAAGCUUGCACAUGUUGAUCCCCCUAAUCCAGCCCCGCAAGCUCAUCCUCAUCGGCGGUAGUGAAGGAGAAACCAUUACCCUCGCGUCGGAUUGCAAGAAGUUGCUAGCUGAAGGGUCUGUUAGUAUCUAUACGCCAGCCGUGGGCACGGCAAUAGACGCAAGCGUGGAUACCAACGCCUGGAUAGUUAAGCUUGCCCCUACCCUCGUCAAGCAGCUCAAGUGGCAGAAUGUUCGCGGUCUAAGCAUCGCCACGGUCACCGGUCGGCUGCUAGCAAUGCAUAAGGAGCGAGCAGCGCGUCAAGACGACGAAGCGGCGAACAAGCGUCUCAAGAUGGAGGAUUCAACGGAAUCCGCAGAAGCGAAGGUGGACACGGAAGCGCCUGUGGAACCUACGCUCGACGUCCUCCCCACGAAUAUGGCGUCGGCGACUCGGUCCGUCGCCCAACCCCUACACGUCGGCGACCUGAGGCUCGCCGAUCUGAGGAAGGCCAUGCAGCAAUCGGGCCACACGGCGGAGUUCAGGGGCGAGGGUACGCUGCUGGUCGACGGGUCCGUGGUCGUGCGCAAGACUACCGCUGGCAAGAUCGACGUGGAAAGCAUCGGUCUGCCGACGGACGGGGGCCCGGCUACCCAGCUCGGAGGCACUUUCUACGCUGUCAAGAGGACUAUCUACGAGAGCUUGGCUGUGGUUGCUGGUGCUUGAUGGGCUAGGCUAGGUUGAUUA